AUGUUCCUUUUUUCUUACCUUAUCAAAGCCCAUGAUAUCGUUGAGUUUGAUGAUAAUCUUGAUCGAUUCCAACUCCAACCGGUCAACAAUGACACUGUGUUUCUCACAAAACACAUCUUCCCCGAAUCCAUUAGACUCCCUAGGUCUGGAAUCCGCUCUCGAUGGGAGACUUCAUCCACUGCUCAAGUAUUUCUCAAGAUUCUGGAUAUUGGUCACAAACCUCCACUUGAAAGCACCAACAAUUUCAAGAAAUCAAGGCUUCCAAUCACUUGGAACUUUCUCAUCCACAUUAUCAUUCGCUACCUCACCGACAAGACUGGAGGAACUGAUUAA